GUAGUUCUUCGGAGGCAAUUCUCCUGGGUGUCGCCAGGGGAAAUUCGAAGUAGAAAGACUACGUUUCCCAGCAGCGACGUUGGCGGAGAGGUAGACUGCUUUGGCGGGGGUGGGGAGAAAAGCUUGGACGGGUCAAUCUUCGGCCCAGAGCGAAAGUGUUAGCGGUUUGGCCUGAGGAAAGGGAAAAAAGUGAGAAGGCGAAAUGGCGGUUGGUAAAGAACUGCUGGAGCUGGACUUGUACGCGCUGCUUGGAGUCGGCGAGAAAGCGUCGGAUAAAGAGAUUAAGAAAGCCUACAGACAGAAGGCGCUGACCUGCCAUCCAGAUAAAAAUCCAGACCAUCCCAAAGCAGCUGAGCUCUUCCAUCAGUUGUCCCAAGCUUUGGCAGUUCUAACAGAUGCAGCAGCGAGGGCUGCAUAUGAUAAAGUGAGGAAAGCGAAGAAACAGGCAGCAGAAAGAACUCAAAAGCUCGAUGAAAGGAGAAAGAAAGUCAAGCUUGAUCUUGAAGCCCGGGAGAGAGAAGCACAGUCCCAGGUCAGCAAGGAGGAAGAGAUCCAGAUAACCAGGACUUUGGAGCAAGAGAUCCUACGGUUACGUGAAGAGGGAUCCCGUCAACUGGAGGAACAACAAAAACUCAUCCAGGAACAAAUCCGACUUGAGAAAGAACGAGUACGAGGCAUACCAGAUGGGUAUGGAGAGGAGGGCAAAGGAACUCCCAAGCUCAAACUACGGUGGAAAUGCAAGAAAGAAGAUGAAACUAAAGGGGGCUAUUCAAAAGAAGUUCUUCUCCAAAUCUUACAAAAGUAUGGUGAAGUUCUGAAUUUGCUUAUUUCAAGCAAGAAGAAUGGAAGUGCAAUAGUGGAAUUUGCCACAGUGAAAGCAGCCGAGAUGGCAAUAAAGAAUGAAGUUGGCCUGAUAAAUAAUCCUCUGAAAAUUACCUGGCUAGAGGGCCAACCACAGGGCAGCACCAUGUAUGCUGAUGGCACUAUCCAGCCACGAAUAUCACAGGAUUCAGUAGUUUCUGAACGGGAUUAUGAAAGCCUUGUAAUGAUGCGGAUGCGCCAGGCUGCAGAGAGACAGAAGCUGAUUGAGCAAAUGCAACGGGAAGAUGAGGAAGAGUCAUGCACGUAGUAUGAGAAAAACAUUAUAUGAUACUUUUACAUAAACUUAUUAAGUCAAUAAAUGUCUUUUUUUCAA